CCCAUUCGUAUAUAUACCGAGUUCAGCCACAGCCAGGAGGAAUAAACUUUAGUCAAGAGGAGACCUGUCCAGAGAGACAGAGGGGGAGACAGAGGGGGCAACGAUCAUGGGUUCUUUCUGGUUUGGCCCUUCUGUAUUCCUGUUACUCAUUGUUGGAUGUGCUGCAAGGCCUUUCUAUCCACUCCCCAGCAAGGUGGAUGCUAGAGAUAGAUUGCCUCUUCAGACUUCUCGACCAUAUAAUGUUGCACAUCGAGGUUCAAAUGGAGAGCUUCCUGAGGAAACUGCAGCUGCAUACAUGAGAGCUAUCGAAGAGGGUGCAGACUUCAUAGAAACUGAUAUCCUAGCCUCUAAGGAUGGUGCUCUUAUAUGCUUCCAUGAUGUUACCCUUGAUGAUACCACUGAUAUUGCAAAACACAAGGAGUUUGCAGAUCGCAGAACAACCUAUGAAGUUCAAGGGUCCAACAUCACUGGCUGGUUCUCUGUUGAUUUUACACUUGAAGAACUCAAGACAUUGCGGGUGAAGCAGAGGUACAAGUUUCGUGAUCAACAAUACAAUGGAAAGUUCACUAUCAUUACUUUUGAAGAGUUCAUUUCAAUUGCACUGGAUGCACCCAGAGUUGUUGGAAUAUAUCCAGAGAUUAAAAAUCCAGUAUUUAUCAACCAGCGUGUGAAAUGGCCAGAUGGUAAGAGAUUUGAGGACCAUUUUGUAGCAACACUUAAGAAGUAUGGAUACAAAGGUUCAUAUAUGUCAGAAGAUUGGCUGAAACAACCAGUAUUUAUCCAGUCCUUUGCUCCAACAUCACUUAUUUACAUAUCGAACCAGACGAACUUGCCUAAAAUCUUCUUGAUUGAUGAUGUCACUGUACCGACUCAGGACACCAAUCAGUCAUAUUGGGAAAUCACUUCAGACGGUUACUUUAGCUUCAUUAAGCAGUAUGUGGUGGGGAUUGGACCUUGGAAGGAUACAGUAGUUCCAGUGGUAGAUAAUUAUUUGCAAACACCUACUGAUCUUGUUGCCAAAGCACAUGCCCACGACUUACAGGUACACCCAUACACUUAUCGGAAUGAGAACCAGUUCUUACACUUCAACUUCCAUCAAGACCCAUAUGCAGAAUAUGAUUACUGGAUAAACAAGAUUGGAGUUGAUGGACUCUUCACAGAUUUCACUGGCAGCCUCCAUAACUUUCAGGAAUGGACCUCUCCUCUCUCUCAAGAUGAUGGUGAUGAUGAUGGCAAUGCUGCUAAAUUGUUGCAUAAGAUUGCAACAUUAGUCUCUCCCUACAGGAAGGGAUGAUUGUGUAAAAUGCAACUUCUCAAGACUGUAGCUUAGGGUAGAAAUCUCUCCAAUAAAAUUAUAGAUUUCACACAUUCUGCCUAGCUAGCUGUAUGUUGGUCGCUACCCAAGUACUCAAAACUAUCCAAUCUGAUCAAGUGAAGCUUGUUCUUUUAAACUAAGUUUCCGGUCUUCAUUA